AGCCCACACAACUUCAGACAGAAACUUCUACAGUAACUCAAAUGUUGUUCAAUUGACACUUUACUUCGUAUUAUUUUACCAACGUUUACUGUCGGUCUGGCACAUCGCUUUAUGAGUUUACGUGAGUUCUGACACAUACCCCCAUUCCCAUGGCCUCUGCCUUGAGCCAUCUCUCUCCAAUGUCUGGAAGAGAGAGAGAAGGAUGGAGUGAUGGAGGAGGAGGAGACAACCAGGUGGAGGAUGAGUUUGCAUGUUCCGGGGUGCUACGCGGAGCCCUACAGUCCUUCCACGCCUCCCUGGAGAGGAUAUUUGGGGUGUCCUUUAUGAUCGGAAGAGAGGAGGAUGCUGUGUUGCCACAUGAUGGACAGAUCUGGCUUAAACUAAAAGGAGGAAGGAAGGAUGUUGUGGCUGCCAAAUUGUUUGUUAAGGGAGUUGUGAAUCAGGAGGCCCAGCAGGAGGUUCCGUAUCCAGCAGUCCUUCACUGUGUGUUCUGUGGAUCCCGGGGGCUGUUCAUGGACUGCCUGAUCAGAAACACCUCUGCUCAGAUAAUGGUGGGUUCCCCAGGCUUCCUGCUCAUCUCAGGUCUGGCAGAACCAGUGGUCAGGGCCUACUCCCUGAUCACAGACCUGGUGGAGCGCUACGAGAGCACCCAGGGACGACUCAGCGAGCCUGGGGACAGGGCAGCAGGCGAGACCCUGGAUUCACGUCUGGCCUUCAAGUCCCUGGUGGAGAGAUGGGAGGACAGGCACACUCUGGACCUGCUAGUGCUACCGGGAGCAGUGAAGGAGACUUUACUGGAUCUGGUGAGGGAACAUGGGCUGGGAUCUAAACCUGGUCGCGGGGGCUUGAAUCCCGGUCCAGUGCUGGGCUCAAACCCCAUUCCAGGGCUGGGCUUGAACCUUGGUCUUGGGGGGUCUAGAGACAAAGUGGGUCUAAUGGACACUGAUACCCAGAGACUAUGGGACAGCAAGUUCGACUUAGAGGCACUAACACUUAUGGAUACCAGAAUAGGGAUCAGAGCUGGAGAGGCAAGGGCCAUACAGGAAAUACAGGGGAUUUCAACGACCAAACCUUCCGAACAUUCCCACCACAACCAAGACCCUGGUCUACAGAAAAUGGGACAGUUUUCUCAACAGACGUUCACUACCCCACCUGUAAAAGAUAGAGAGGGAAGCAGAUAUGGGACACGAGGAGGGAUUGGGAACGAAGCAGCACCCCAAGAUUCCAUCUUCCACUCUUUCCCACAAAACGAGGACAUUCGUGGUCGAGCCGAGGGGUCGGAGGGGGCAGAAGCGGUACUAGGGCAUUCCCCACAGGAGGUAAAGGAGGCGGGACACCCUGAAGAAGAGGAGGAGCUAGAGACAGAGGAGGGAGAAGGGAAGAUUUUGUUGUCAGUAGGGAAGGAGUUUGGCCUGCUUCUGAUGUUCUUCACGGCAAUGGGCUAUGCAGAAGACGUGGUACUGAGGGUCUUAGCCCAGACCAGACUCAGAGAAGCUUCCCAGAUCCUGGAUCUGGUGCAGCAAGAGCAGGACCGGACCGGACUGGCCAUGAACCGCCCUGUGGAGCUAGAGCACAGAGAGGUGGAGGAGAGGGGAAGAGAGGGGGAGGAGAGCGGAGGUAGAGAAGUGAGAGGAAAGAGAAGCGUUAUAGAUAAAAGAGUGGAGGUGGAGACGGAGAUGGAGGGAGGCGUGGGAGAUGGGGUGAGGGCUAGAGAAGAGCAAAGAGAGGAGGAGGGAAGAGGGAGGGAGAGUGGAGGAUUGUCUGCUGAUUUGUCCAAGGAUUCAACAAAGGUAGACAGGGAGAGAAGUGAGGGGGGCAGGGAGAGCGGUGAAGGGGACAGUAAGGGAGGAGAGGUGGGGAACGAGGAGGAUUUUGUCCUGGGGGUGCUGAUGAAGGCUGCGGCCAACUGUGGGUACACAGAGGAGAAGGUAAUAAAAGUAUACAGUAUGUUACCUGAACUGUCCACACGUCAGCUACUCCUGGAGCUACAGAGAGAGGGCGCCAGAGAGACAGAAGCUAAUUCCCAGGACAGGGUAAGUGACGACCCAAGAGUGGUGGAUGAGGUUGUCUCAGAUGUACGGAAAAAGAAGGGCAGAAAAGAAGAAACGGAGAAGGAGAGAGGUAAAGAGAGGGAGGCACCGGCACAACCAUUCACGGCUACUGAAAACAGAGGAGUAGAAAGGAAGAGUGCCAAAGGAAUGAGUGAAAGGAAGACAGAUGAGGUAGGAGAAGUGAAAGUGCCAAACCGAACCGUUGAUGGUCCAGUUAGGGUUGAACCGGAUCUGGCUCAGUGGAACACUGUGAUGAACGAGGUUCCGUUCCCGACCCAUGGUCACCAGAAGAACCCCACACAGACACGACCGCAACCCGCCCAGACACACACCCCCCGUCGAGCCAGCCCCCCUUUAGUCAGAGGGCCUCCCCAGCCCACCUACCCCACCACACUACCUCCACAACCCACCAACCUUCCCUUAUUUCACAAUCAACUAGCCUCCGCCCUCACCGUGAAUAACUCCUCAGCAACCAGAGUGAAGGAGAAACAGGGUUUCUUUACCCUAGCUGCAGAGGUUCCAGCAAGAAAGGGUCUCCCUGCCCUAAGAGAAGCGGCUGUUAAGGGAUGGGGUCUCCCGACCAUGGCAGCAGGGUCUUUAGUGACAGGGCAGCAGCGCUUCCUGGAAGGACUACAGACGCCCUUUGACCUCAAGCUGACUGACCAACCAGGAGACCCAGGUCUCAGGAUGGUGGUCAUCGACGGGAGCAAUGUUGCCAUGAGUCAUGGUCUGGGUAAUUUCUUCUCGUGUCGAGGAAUCGCCCUGGCUGUGCAACACUUCUGGAACCGCGGCCAUCGCAGAAUCAGCACCUUCCUGCCCCAGUGGAGGCAGAAGAGAGAUCCCCGGAUCAAAGAGCAGCACUACCUAACUGAGCUCCAGAACCUGGGUCUGCUCUCCUACACCCCCUCCAGAGAGGUCCAGGGGAAGAGGAUAAACUCAUACGAUGACAGGUUCAUGCUGCAGCUGGCCCAGAAGACGGAUGGUGUGAUCGUGACAAAUGACAACCUUAGAGACCUGCUGGAUGAGUCCCAUGUAUGGAGAGACAUCAUCAAGAAAAGACUCCUCCAGUACACGUUUGUAGGUGAUCACUUCAUGGUGCCUGAUGACCCGCUGGGCCGAGAAGGACCCCAUCUAGAUGACUUCCUACGCUCACUGCACAGGACUCCUGACCCAGGCAGUCACUCGUUUGCGGGCAUUGCCUCCUCCCCCUUCCCCCGAGCUCCCAGGGCCCAGACAGAGGUCCUGAUGUUCCGGGACAGAACACCAGGUGUCGCUGUGGAGCCAUAUUCCAGCCAGGCCCGGGGCAGAGGGAAAAGGAAGGGGCAGGCUAAGGCUGGACACGGUAGCCCCGGAAUGGACCUUGUUCCGGGGAUGGGCCUUGGCCUGGAUGUGGAGAGGAGCGCAGCAGAGACCUCCAGGCUUAGGGAGAGCCUAUCCCAGGUGUUCCCAGGACAGGAUAGCAUUGUUACUCUGGUGCUGCAGUGUAACCCUACAGUGACUGACAUCAAUUCACUGUCACACAUUAUGCUGCAGCAACAGAUGGAGAUUGAGCAGGGGGUGUAGACUGAGUGAUG